GCCAUUUUUAUAAAUAUAACCCUAGAUUUCGGCCUUGAAAAUAAUUAGAAUAUUUAAAUAAAUUAUUUAGUAUGUACGUUGCAUUUCGAGUUGUUUUGUUGCUAAAUGUCUAGGCUAACAUGUGACGGAUCAUGCAGCACCAAAAACAAGUUAGUAUUAUAGUGCCAAUAUAUAAUGGGGCCCGCUGGAUAAAACCCUGCUUUGAAAGUGUAUUAAAGCAAACCGCUAUAGGAGUCAUAGAUUUGGAGAUAUGUGUUUGUGAUGAUUGUAGUACGGACGAUACUCCAAAGUUACUAAACGACUGGAAAAACACUUUUGAGAAUUUUGGAGUGUCUUUCAAGGUUUUCAGGAACAACGAUGAAACAAGAGGAGUGGGUUAUUCGAAAAACAAAGCCGUCAGUAUUAGUUCAGGAACAUUUCUAUGUUUCCAGGAUAUUGAUGAUGUCAUGUUACCAGAUAGGAUAAUGAAGCAAUACGAACGAGCUCUCUUAGAACCAUUUAAUACGAUUGUAGGGUGUAAAUUUAAAAGGGAACCAUACAGUUCUACGGCUAGGUAUACAAGAUGGGCAAACUCUCUGACACAAUUGCAGUUAAACUUGCAAGUUUUUACCUCACAUGGGCCUACCGUUAUCAUGCCUACCUGGUUUUGCCACAGGAUGGUAUUUCAAAGAAAUGGGGGAUUUUUUGAGACGAGAAAAGGCUGUCCUGAAGACUUGGUAUUUUUUAAUAAACACCUAGAUUUAGGUGGAAGAAUAUGCAGAGUCGACGAAGUACUUCUUAUUUAUACAUUCCAUCCCAAUCAAACGACAUUUUCAAUUGACGAGGAAACCAUAUGGAAUUUAAGACUGGAACGAUUGGAAAAGGUUAUUUUGGCAAACUGGCCUAAAUUUACAAUAUGGAAUGCGGGCAAGCAAGGCAGGAAGUUUUACAAUUCUCUGUCAAAUGAGAACAGGGAAAAAGUUCUGGCUUUUUGUGACGUGGAUUUAAACAAAAUAGGCAAAAAAUACACUGCGUUUGAUGCAAUUGAAAGAAAAUUUAAACACGAGGUUGAUAUAAUACAUUUUAGGAAUGCCAUACCUCCUUUUGUGAUAUGUAUAAAAAUAGAUUUGACAGAAGGGGUGUUUGAAAAAAACCUCAAAACACUCAACUUGAAAGAAGGAACAGACUACGUAAUGUUCAGCUAAGCUUGAAAGCAUUAUAUCUACACCAAGCAGUAUUUUCCAGAAUUUACAUAAUACAUAAUAUAAAGUACAAAUAUAAGUGUAAAUAUUGUUUCUGUUUUUUAUAUUUUAGAAAAUAAAGGUCAUGGAAAUACUAA